AUGUUGAACCAGGUCGUCCUCGCGGCCCUAAUCCCGGCCAUUGCGGCCAAGCCCAUCGCGGCAAGGGCAGUAGCCAAGGGUAAUGUUGUGGAAUUUAACACCACCGCCAUGAAGGCUGCCGCACUUCAAAACGUUGCGGUAACUGAUGCCUCGGACAUGGAGGGUGUGCCCAGAGUCCAUGCCCGAAACCAGGACGGGUCUAGCACUGUGAACCACGGCCAGGCUCCGGAGCCGACUGUUUUUAUCACCACGCCGCAGGUAGCUGGCCGACAGCUUCCCAUUAGCUCGCUGUCGAAUCAGGUAGCCUCGACCAUCUUCGGCGAGGUUUCGUCAACUGUCUUGUCCUUUGCCAGCAGCAUGACUCGCCUGAUACCUAGCAGCAUUCCAACCAUUCCCGUGGAGAAGAGACAAACAGCCCCGACUGGGUUGGCUAGCCUGCCAGCUGCAUUAUCUGCCCGGGCUAAUGCCAAUUGUGACUGCAUCGGCUUUUGCACCGACCCGGACACAGGUGAUAAUGUUACUGCGAAGCAGAUGAAGUGCAUCACUGAGUGUGCUGAUACCUGUGAUGGCGACCACGAUGAUAGCAGCGUUGGAUCCAAGCUUGGAAGCUCCCUCGGCGGCUCCCUCGGUCUACGAAGCGCCCCUCCUGCUGCAGAGAAGGCCCGCGUCGAGGCAGAGAAGUCUAAGCCCAAGGCUGCCAUGUCGGAUGAGGAAGAAUACGAAUCCUGCAUGCACAAAUGCAGCAGCCACAACUGUCAAAACGCUAACAUGGCUCUCGACAUUUCUCAAUGUGGUGACACUGACUGCGAGUCUUCCUGCGCCAAGUACAAGAAGGACGCCAAGGCCUUCAAGUCUGGCAAGCCAGAGGAGCACAGAGUCCAUACCAAGAAGCCUGCCCAAUUCUCUCACGACGUCCCCCGUGAUCUUCCUCCUGUUCCAGCCCCUAGACCCGAGGUAGCAGGAUUUAGCAGCGAAGACUUCGAGAAGUGUGUCAGGGAAUGCAAGACCCACAACUGCCAACACGCUAACAUUGGAUUCGACGUCUCCCAGUGUGGUGACACUUCGUGUGAAGACUCCUGCACCGCGCUCCACGGCGCCCAAGGUGGCAGGAUCCAGUUCAGGGACGAACACAACCUUGCUGCCCGAGGGCUCCUCGCUCCUCUUUUCCCAGAUGUUCCCGUAGCUCCCGCCGCCCCCAAGGCCCCCCAAGCUCCAGCCAGACCAGCUACGCCUCAAGCCCCUCAAGCCCCGGCUCGACCUGCACCACCCCAAGCCCCUCAAGCCCCGGCUAGACCCGCUACCCCACAAGCACCAAAGGCCCCGGCCAGGCCGGCCGCACCAGCAGCACCCAAAGCCCCUGCGAGACCAGCUACUCCCCAAGAACCCGCAGCCCCGGCCAGACCAGCUAAAGCACACCCGCCCGCAGCCCCAGUCGUCCCUAGAAAUGCUUAUCCCGAAGCCCCUGUUCCCGUCAAGGCCCCAGCUUAUCCUGCCGCACCUGCUCCUCCGAAGGAACCAGCCUACCCCGAAAAGCCGGCCGCUCCUAAAGCCCCAGCCUACCCGGAAGCACCUGCCCCUCCCAAGGCGCCGGCUUACCCCGAAGCCCCGGCCUACCCCAGAACCCCAGAGAAGCCCAAAACUCCCGAAAAGCCCGUUGUCGCCUACCCCAUGGCUGACCCCGCACCCCCGAAGAAAGCCCCGGCCCCUGAGAAGCCCGCACCGAAGAAGCCCGAGCCGAAGGAGCCCGUACCCAAGAAGCCCGAGCCCAAGAAGCCGGAACCUGAAAAGCCCGUCGUAGCCUACCCCGUCGCCGACCCUGCCCCUCCCAAGAAGGAAGAGCACCACGACGAGAAAGACCACGACAAGAAGGAUCAUGACGAGAAGGACCACGAUAAGAAGGAUCAUGACAAAAAAGACCACGACAAGAAGGACCACGACAAACACCACGACAAAGCCGCCCGGCACGCCGCCCCACCCCCCUCCUUCUCCGCGGGGCACUCCUCGACCACCUCGUACGACGCCUGCGUCUCCCAAUGCAGCACGCACAACUGCCAGCACGCCAACAUCGCCAUGGACGUCUCGCAAUGCGGCGACACCUCGUGCCUCGACGCGUGCGCGCACCUGCGGGACACCUCCUCCGCCUCCCUCUCGACCCACGCGCAGCCCGUGCCCGUGACUUCGCCCCACGACCUGCACCGAGCCCCCGGCGCCGACGCCGCGGGCUUCGACCUGCUGGUGCCCGACGCCGAGCUGGCGACCGAGGGCGGCGAGCGCCAGAGCGCCGAGUACGACGACUGCGUGCGCUCGUGCAAGACGCACAACUGCCAGAGCGCCGACAUCGGCGUGGACGUCUCGCAGUGCGGCGACACGAGCUGCGAGUCCCAGUGCAGCCACUUCCGCGCCGACGGCAGCGCCCACGUCGCUGCCACCGUGCCCCUCGGUCCCAGGAUGUCGCGGGACUCCGCUGCCGUGCCCGCUUAUUAG